AUGGCGUUGCCACCGAAAUUCUCCGGGCAGUUGCUCGCAUCAACUUCGACCAAUGAAGCAAAACACACCAUCGAAUUGUAUCUAGAUUAUGUCUGUCCAUUCUCUGCGAAGUUGUUCAAGACCUUCUAUACGAAAGUGGUUCCGUUGAUCGAGAAGAAAUACACUUCUCCCGGUAUCCGGGUUAUAUUCCGCCAACAGAUCCAGCCAUGGCACCCGAGUUCGACGCUUGUCCACGAAACGGGCGCAGCCGUCCUGCAAACAGCCCCGAAAUCCUUCUGGGCUUUCUCCGAGAAGCUCUUCGAACAGCAAAAGGAUUUUUUCGAUGUUAAUGUCGUCAAUGAGACUCGAAACAACACCUACAAACGACUCGCCAAGCUGGCAGGUUCAGUGGAGGGCAUCGACGAGAAGAAGAUUUUGGACUUACUUCAGGUCCCAGAUCAGCCCGGAGAGGAUGGCAGUUUGAACAUUGGUAACAAAGUGACCAAUGAUAUUAAGUUUCAGGUCAAGGCGAACAGAGUGACAGGCGUCCAUGUCACCCCGACAGUCCUGUUUAAUGGAGUUGAGGAGCGCAGCAUCAGUUCUGGGUGGACAGUAGAACAAUGGGAAGAGUGGUUGCAGAAGAAUGCAACAUAG